AUCCUCAGAGCUCCGAGGGAAAAGCAACGACCAUGGCUGGCAGCUGAGGGAGAGAUCAGCAUCCCCAGAACUCCCUCUUGGUCUCUGUCCAGCCUUCAAGGUCUCCAUGGACCACUUUGAGCCAUAUAGGUCUGCCAAUCAGUGGCCUCUGCGCCCACGUCCGAAGCAGGAGAAAUCCAGAGAGCCCUUGGCCUCCGGAGGCGGCAGCAGGAGUGCUCUCGGAAAAGAGAGUGGGCCAGCCGGUGGGAGCCCAGCGCCCACCCACCGCUCAUCCUACAGCAGGACCAAACUCCCCCACCCCCCAGCCUCCGGAUCCUCUCUCCAGGCCUUGGAGGAGGCUGCAGACCGGUUUAGAUACUCUGGGGUCCUAACUCAGCCCAUAGGGAUCAGAAAAGGCUUCCUGAGGGAGAAGACACCAAGCCAAGCUGGGUUAAAGCCAAGCCCCCUGUACAUGUCUGGGCAUCCCAGAGGCUCUCACAGCGCACUCCAGUGGCUUGGACAACUGACUGCCAUCUUUGGCUAAAGACAAUACUGGUCUCCACAGAGCACAGUAAGAGGAUCUUGUCUUGCUUUGCUUCCUCAAUGGAAGAAGCUUCAGUGGCUCCUCAUUCUCUGAUGAAGCAACUCAAACACCUCAGCCCAACUCUCAAGACCUUCCACAGCCUGGUCUCACCUGGCUCUUUAGCCUCAUUCUCAGAUUCCAUGUGAUGAGCUUUGUCAAACUGACUGGUUCCAGGUCCCCAGGGCACAGUGGCUCUGCCCUCUUCUCUGCCUGGGAGACCCUCUUCCCAUUUCCCAUAGUUAUUCUUCUAGGCAUUCUCCAGGAAGUACUUCCUGAACCCUUCCUCUUUGCCCCAACUCCUCUGGCUAGAAAUAACCUCUUGGCCCCUCUCUCUCCCUCCUGCCACCCUCAAGUUCAGGGUCAUGUGACCUAAACUUCCACUGUACUAUGAGCUGUAGGAUAAGGGCCACUUUUCAUCAUACUCCCUUCCCCCUCACCCACACACACCCCUGAAGGCCCACAUCAGUGCCCAGUUCACAAUAUGUGCAUAGUAUAUGUUGGCCAUCUUCACACUGUGAGCCAGAGGCCAGGGAGCAAGUAGGAGUCAGCGCCCAGGAUGCUAGGACACUCCUGAGGCUGAGAUCUGCCUUAUCUCCACCUCGGCUGUUUCUUAAUAGGUCCCCAUGCUUCCAGCUGCUCCUUAGGAAAUCAGCCCCUCUAGGAGGUCUAGGAGCCACAUUCCUGAGACCAGAACAUGAAAAAUCUGGCCAUGUUCCCACUAGAUACAGAUGUCCACCCAGCCUCCCAUCGGGUGCCUGAAGUGUCAGCUUAGGUUUGCAUCAUCACAGCAUCUCUAAUUCCUUGCAGUCAGAAGAGAGCUGGAGAGUAUCAUACAGAGGCUGGGAGCAGUGAGAGGCAACAGGAGAAAAGCUGUGCGUGUGUCCCUGGUCCCGGGUGCCACAAGGUGCUGCAGCAUCACCAUCAAUUAACAUUGCUAUUACAGGGAGCAUCUGAGUCCCCACUUACUUGCUGGCACUAUGCCUAGCAACUUGCCUAUAUUUUCAGUUUUAAAUCUCCUACUUCCCUGUAAGGCAGAAAUUAUAGAUCAACCUUGAUUUUAUAGGGGAAGAAACUGAAGUUAAAUCGCUCAUCCAAGGUCACACUGCUAGUAGGUGGAGGGGCCCAGGAUUCAACCCCAGGCAUGCCUGACUCCAGGGCCUGUGUUUGUUCUAUCAUUACUCCUGCACACAUUAGGCUUCACACAGGUUUACUCUGGAGAUACUGACAUAUUCUGUUCAUGUCUGGGGGGUAGUUACGCAAGUACGUGUAAACUUAUGAUCUAUGCACUUUUCUGUGUUUAUAACACCAAUAAAGUUUCUUUUUUUUAA